AUGAAAGGUAUUCUAAGGUUUGGCAGGAAAUGGAAGUUGAGUCCAAGAUUCAUUGGACCUUUCGAGGUCUUAGAGCGAAUUGGUCUCUUAGCUUACCAAUUGGCAUUGUCUCCAUCAUUUUCUUCAGUUCAUAAUGUCUUCUAUGUUUCGAUGCUGAGAAAGUAUGUAAUAGACCUGUUCCAUGUAGUUGACUUUGAGCCCUUGCAAUUGAAUGAUAACUUGAGCUACAAGGAGAAACCUGUAGAGAUUCUCGCCAGAGAGGUAAAGACAUUGCGCCGUAGGGAGAUUGCAUUUGUGAAAGUCCUGUGGCAGAAUCACUAG